GGACGCCAUUUUCCCAGAGAGAGGCAGUGACAUAGGAGGGAGCGUAGGAGGCUGAAAGGAGGGAGACACGGGAGCAGCGGCGGCAGUGGGGUUUGUACAUAGGUCCCAAGGCAAAGGCGCUUCCGAGCUGGUCCCUGUAGGGUUCUGCGCGCUGAGCUAGGUUUGGGGGGAGGGGGGGGGUCUCCUCUUUCCUUUCCCUUUUCUUCUGCAAGAGCCUGCUGAGGGUUGAGUCCUGUCUAGGGUAGGGAUAGCCGCAGUGGGGGUAUUGCAUUGUUUUGGUUGGGAUAGAGAAAGGGCUCAGCUGAGGGGUCCUGCUGCCUGGCCUGUGACCAUUACAGUCCCAUAUUUUGUCUAACUUCCACUGAGAGAAGAAAAGGAGUGAAGAGAGAGAAGAGAUUGCAAACUCAAGACCACUAUAUGAAGUUUGUCUGUCAUUCCAAACAUGACUGAGGUCUUUGUUGAAUCUCAUGUAUAUGUUGUAUCAGGAUGUUCAGAAGUGAGCCACCAAUGUAGCAUACAACCACGUGUGUUGUACCUUUCCUAGUACAAGUACUGUUUGGUUUCUUCUGGCUUGAAAAAUAUGCUUUAUGAUUAAUAAAGGGUUUGUGGAUGCACUUAGAUGUUUGCAAUGAGCACUGUGGCUGGCAUGCCCCAGUGUUUUGGAUACCAAUGCAUAGGACUCCGUAGUAAUCGAAUUUAUCAGAAACGAACGUCAUGAGCAUAGUGAUCCCAUUGGGGGUUGACACAGCAGAUACUUCUUAUUUGGAAAUGGCUGCAGGCUCAGAACCAGAAUCUGUAGAAGCUAGCCCUGUGGUAGUUGAAAAAUCGAACAGUUACCCGCACCAGUUGUAUACCAGCAGCUCACAUUCACACAGUUACAUUGGUUUGCCAUAUGCAGACCAUAACUAUGGUGCUCGGCCUCCUCCAACGCCUCCAGCUUCUCCUCCUCCAUCAGUGCUUAUAAGCAAGAAUGAAGUAGGCAUAUUUACCACUCCCAACUUUGAUGAAACCUCCAGUGCUACUACCAUCAGUACAUCAGAGGAUGGAAGCUAUGGAACUGAUAUCACCAGAUGCAUUUGUGGCUUUACACAUGAUGAUGGAUAUAUGAUCUGUUGUGACAAAUGCAGUGUCUGGCAGCACAUUGACUGCAUGGGGAUCGACAGACAGCAUAUUCCUGACAUAUAUCUGUGUGAACGUUGUCAGCCAAGGAGUUUAGAUAAAGAAAGGGCAGUGCUGUUGCAACGAAGGAAAAGGGAAAAUAUGUCAGAUGGGGAUACCAGUGCAACAGAGAGUGGUGAUGAGGUUCCUGUGGAACUGUAUACUGCUUUUCAGCACACACCAACUACAAUUACUUUAACUGCUACAAGAGUUACAAAAGUCAACGAUAAGAAAAGGAAAAAAAGUGGAGAGAAAGAACAGAAUAUAGCAAAAUGUAAAAAAGCAUUUCGGGAAGGAUCCAGGAAAUCUUCGCGAGUAAAGGGCUCAGCUCCAGAGAUUGAUCCUACUGACAGUUCAAACUUCGGGUGGGAAACUAAAAUCAAGGCAUGGAUGGAUCGUUAUGAAGAAGCAAAUAAUAACCAGUACAGUGAAGGUGUCCAGAGGGAGGCACAAAAAAUAGCUCUGAGAUUAGGCAAUGGAAAUGACAAAAAAGAAGUCAGCACCAGCAAUCUGAUUUUCAAACCUCCAGUAGAGAGUUCCGUGCAAAAAAACAAGAAAAUUUUAAAAGCUGCCAAAGACUUGCCUCCUGAUGCACUCAUUAUUGAAUACAGAGGAAAGUUCAUGCUGAGAGAACAAUUUGAAGCUAAUGGAUAUUUCUUUAAAAGGCCAUACCCAUUUGUUUUAUUUUAUUCCAAAUUCCAUGGGCUAGAAAUGUGUGUUGAUGCAAGGACUUUUGGGAAUGAAGCUCGGUUCAUCAGGCGUUCGUGUACGCCAAAUGCAGAGGUGAGGCAUGUAAUUGAAGAUGGAACAGUUCAUCUUUAUAUUUACUCCAUCCAUAACAUUCCGAAGGGAGCAGAGAUUACUAUCGCGUUUGAUUUUGAUUAUGGAAAUUGUAAAUACAAAGUGGAUUGUGCUUGCCUCAAAGAAAACCCUGAAUGUCCAGUUCUCAGACGUUCUGAGCCUACAGAGAACAUCAAUACUGGAUAUGAAACCAGAAGGAAAAAGGGAAAGAAGGAGAAAGAUGUUUCAAGAGAAAAGGAGACUCAAAAUCAGAACAUCACAUUGGACUGUGAAGGAGCAGCUACCAAAAUGAAAGUCACAGAUAAUAAACAGAGGAAGCUCUCUCCACUCAGACUGUCCAUUUCUAAUAAUCAGGAGCCAGAUUUUAUUGACGAUAUAGAAGAAAAAACUCCUAUUAGCAAUGAAGUAGAAAUGGAAUCAGAGGAGCAGAUUGCAGAAAGGAAAAGGAAGAUGACAAGAGAAGAACGGAAAAUGGAAGCCAUCCUGCAAGCUUUUGCCAGACUAGAAAAAAGAGAAAAAAGAAGAGAACAGGCAUUGGAAAGAAUCAGCAUAGCAAAAACUGAGGUUAAAUCAGAAUGCAAGGAAGCACAGAUUCUCAAUGACACUGAAUUCAUUCAGGAACCAGCAAAAGAAGAAACUGCCACCAAGCCUACCCCAGCCAAAGUUAAUAGAGCUAAACAGAGAAAAAGCUUCUCACGGAGUAGAACUCACAUUGGACAACAACGUAGACGACACAGAACUGUCAGCAUGUGUUCAGAUAUCCAGCCGUCUUCUCCUGAUGUGGAAGUAACUUCACAACCUAAUGAAACUGAGAAUGCUGCUCUGGUAGCUGAGCCUGAAACAGAAACAGUUGUUACAGAAAUGGUUACUGAAACGGAAGCUCCAGCACUUAAUAAAUGCCCUACUAAGUAUCCUAAAACAAAGAAGCACUUGGUCAGUGAAUGGUUAAGUGAAAAGAGUGAUAAAACAGGGAAGCCUGCAGACAGCCUCUCAGAAAGGCCUCUACGCAUAACUACUGACCCUGAAGUUCUUGCUACUCAACUCAAUUCUUUACCAGGUCUCACUUACAGUCCACAUGUAUACUCAACUCCAAAGCACUAUAUUCGUUUUACUUCACCAUUCCUAUCAGAGAAGAGGAGGAAAAAAGAACCUGUGGAAAACAUUACUGGCUCUUGUAAGAAGCGUUGGUUGAAGCAGGCCUUGGAAGAAGAAAACUCCACACUGCUUGAUAGGUUUAAUUCACCGUCACAGGAGAGAUCUAGAAGUCCAGCCAUCAAUGGGGAAAGUAAAAGUCCGUUGUUACUGAACGACAGCUGUUCCUUAACAGAUCUAACCACGCCACUGAAGAAACGAAGACUGUAUCAGCUGUUGGAGUCUGCGUUCUCAGAAACCUCCACACCUACUCCUUCUCCAUACGCCACACCAACUCACGCUGACAUCACAGCUUCCGAGCCGUCGUUGUUUGCUACCCCUCCUAGGGUAAAAACAGAGGAUGAAGCUUGUAGAAAUGGUUACAAACCCAUUUAUUCACCAGUUACUCCUGUAACUCCAUGUAUCCACGGAAAUACCAUGCACUUUGAGAAUAUUUCCUCACCUGACAGUUCACCAGAAAUAAAAAGGCGAGCAGCAUACAAUCAAGAGGGAUAUGACCGAGCUUCAAUUCUAGCACUGAAUUCUUUCAGAAAUUCCAACCUGACAGAAAUGGGCCUGCAAGAAAUAAAGACUAUUGGAUAUUCCAGUCCAAGGAAUAGGACUGAUGUUACACGGCAGUGCACUGGAGAAAUGGAAUCUGUGUCAGACCUCCAGUUGGGACUCGAAGUAAUUGAGCAAAGUGCACUGCAUAAAAACCUGGAAGCCCCUCCACAUGAUAGGACUGAGUCAAACAGCCAAUUAGAAACUGCUCAUUGUGGACGGGGCACAAUUUAUUCUUCCUGGGUAAAAAGUCCCGACAGGACAGGUGUAAAUUUCUCAAUGAAUUCUAAUUUGAGGGACUUGACCCCUUCCCAUCAGUUGGAGGUAGGAGGUGGAUUCCGAAUAAGCGAGUCAAAGUGCCUGAUCCAAGACGAUGCUAGAGGCAUGUUCAUGGAAGCAUCUGUUUUUUGUACUUCAGAAGAUGGAAUUGCAGCUGGCUUCGGAAGGACUGUCAAUAAUGACAACUUGAUGGAUGGAAAUUGCACACCCCAGAAUCCUCCACAAAAGAAAAAGGUAUCCUUACUAGAAUACCGUAAGAGACAACGAGAAGCUAGAAAGAGUGGCUCAAAGACAGAAAACUUCCCCCUGGUUACCGUAUCUCCUCAAGCUGCUGGUGGAGGAAACCUGAGUAGUAGCAACGGUGCUAACGAUGGGUAUAACAACAGUGGUGAAAACGGGGAGCAAACCGACACCGCAGCCGGCCUGCCUUUGCCGCUGCCAACUACUGUUUAUAAUGCAGCUCCAGAAGAUGUUGGCAACAACUGUGCAACUAAGGAAUCUUCUUCCAGCGAGAAGAACGAACCAGAAGUUCAGUGGACCGCAUCCACCUCCGUGGAGCAAGUGCGGGAGCGGAGCUACCAGCGGGCGCUGCUCCUCAGCGACCACAGGAAGGACAAGGACAGCGGGGGAGAGUCACCUUGUAGCCCCUGCUCACCGUCUCAUGUUCAGUCUCCACCUUCAUCUCAUUCAAAUCCCAUUUCCCCGUUGCAGCUUAAGGCCCCUUUCACUGAAUGUGAGGAAGAACCUGACCCUGAAAAUCCAGAGCCCCCUUCUGAAUGUCCGUCCCCAGAUACUUCACAAAGGACUUGCAGGAGUCCAUCAAAAGCAAGCAAGCCCUCUUCACCCAGUCCUGUAGUUUCAACGCAGUCGCUUGGGAAAACGCCCUCGAAGCCGGAUUCGCACUGGGAACCCCCCGAAGCUCCCGCCCCCGAGGCCGAGUGCACCAGUCACCCCAAACCCGAGCUGCCGCAAAAACAGCUGACAAACAACGUCCAAGCACUUUCAAAAAACCACCCCUCUCAGUCGCAUCUGCGCAGUUCUGCCGAGCAACUCCCACAUUCACAGAAGUUGCCUUCUGCACCUUUGAAGCUGCAUUGUCCCCCCUCGCCUCACGUGGAAAAUCCUCCGAAGCCCUCCACGCCCCACGCGCCCGUGCAGCAUGGUUAUCUCUCACCAAAGCCUCCCUCGCAGCCGCUGGGAUCUCCGUACAGACCUCAUCACCCGCAGUCACCUCAAGUCGGGACGCCCCAGCGGGAGCCGCACCGUGGCUUCUACCCGUCUGCGCCGCUGCAGCCCGGCACUCAGCCGCCGGCCGGCGCCGCGCUCUUCGCCCAGACGCCCUCCGGGCCGGGCUCGGCCGCCUACAGCCAGUUCAACCAACAGCCCCUGAGCAGCGCCGCGCCGCCCCCGCCGCCGCCCCCGCCCCCCUCUUCGACUUACUAUCAAAGCCAGCAGCCCUCGGGGAGCUUCCCCAGCUACAGCCAGCUGAAGGGCAGCAUGCCCCCGCAGACGGUGUUCUCCUCCGGACCAAACCAAGCACUUCCCAGCGCCGCGGGACAGCAGCCGGUGCAGGGGCACCACGGCCCCGCGGGCCACUUCCUGCCCUCUCAGACGCCCGGGAUCCAUCACCAGGCUUCGGCCUCGGCCGCGCCGCCGCCGCCCCCACCGCCCCCCGCCCCGGGCGCCCACCUCGUCCAGCAGCAAAGCCCACAUCAGCAGCAGCACUCUGUAGCACACGUCGUCGGGCCGGUGCACGCCGUGGCCGUGGCUCCCGGGUCGCACAUGCACUCUCAGGCCGCGGGGCACCACCUGCCGCCGCCGCCGCCGGGCCCGCUGCCGCACCACCAGCCCCCGCACCCGUCCCCCGGACACCAGGGUUUGACAGCACAACACCAGCACGUGGUGAACGCGGCGCCGCCGCCGCCGCCGCCGCCCCCCCCCGCCGGCGUCCUGGGCUCGGGGCACCACGCGCCCGCGGCGCAGGGGCUGCACCACCCCUCGCACCAGGGUCCCCCCCACUUCCCCUCCACCGCCCACACGAGCGUCUCCUCCUACUCGGCGGCGGCCCCGCACCACACGGCGCUGGGCCCGGGGCCGCAGCACCCGCCCGCCGGCUCGGGGCCGCACUGCGCGCUGCCGGGGCAGGGCCCGCACCUCCAGCCGCCGGGGCCCACGGGCCUGGCCACGCCGCCCGCGCCCGGCUUCUGCCCGCACCCGGCGGUGGCGCUGCCGCACGGCCCGCAGCAGGCCUCGCCGCUGCCCGGACAGCUGCCCAUCCACAGAGCACAGGUGCCGCCCACCUUUCAGAACAGUUACCACGGCUCGGGGUGGCACUGAGCCACCGCCCCUCCUCCUCCUCCACAUUUUUAAAUGUUCUGUAAUAUAAACUGUGUAUAUUUCAUAUGUACCGAUGCGGGUACUUUUUAAAGCUUGUACAUGAUACUUUGUAUAAAAGCGAACACCAGUGCUCCUCCAUGCGCCCCGCCCCGGGUUUUUUUUUGCUUUUUAAGAUCCCCAAAUGUGCUGUUCAGCCAGUAUUAGGUAUUUCCUUUUAUUUUGUAAGUGAACAUUCCAGCUGUUUUUUCUGGCAGUAGGUUUGAUGCUGCAUAACCUUUAAAAUUUUAUUGUUGCAGUUAAAUUCAUUUAGUGAAAGUUUUCUAUAUUCCUUUUAUACAUAUGUAAUUAAGUACACAGGCUCAGUGAUGGCACUAACAACGAUUUUUUUCCUCCCCAAUUCUCUUCUGUCACCAGUUCUUCACGUGCAUAGCGAUAGAGAACGAUGCAAUACCAACUUUUCUAGUUUCGGUGUGGACAUGGCUUUUUGUUUCAUCAGUUAUUUGCAGAAAUUGUAAUUUAAUGUAUAGACUGUUUCUAAUGUCCCUAAGUGCUGUAAAUACUGUAUUUCCUUGGCUUGUAAAAUUGCUUAAAGCUUCUCUCAUUUGAUAGAGUAUUGUACAUAAUAAGUCUCUUUUGCAAAAAAGAAAAAAGUGUGAUCUCUGUGAAAGUAGAGCAGUAUAUGAUCUUUAAUUUUUUUUAAUAUACUGUCACAUUGCAGCACUGGUUGGGCAUUUUAAUUCAUGUUAAUAAAUCACAAUUAUGUCAGUUUUAACUCCUUGUCCUGCAAGGGUGCCAUCGCUUCAGGGCAGCAACCCCCCUUCCCCCCAGAGUCAGGCCGGGGCCCAUUGCUGCUGGGGGUGCCUGUUACAAGUGGGCUCUGCACCCCUUGCCAGGGGUGGCUGAAGCCUGGGUGGCAGCAGCCUUGUGUCCCUCCCUGCUGAGGCCAAGGCAGGGAAGUGGGGGCAAGAGAGCAGGUUGAGGUUCGUUGGAGAGGCAGCUAGGGCAGGGCAGGGCAGAGUGAGUCCCUGUCCCUCCUCCUGCGGCUUUGGUCGUGCCUCAGAACCAGAGUAGCAGUGGACAAGAACACUCCCUCAGGGCCGGGAGAGGGGCUGUUCUGUGCCCUCAAAGAAGGUGCUUGCUUCAACUUGGGAAAAACAGGGACAACCUGAAGUUAUAACUGGCCUCUCAUUACUGAAAAAUCUGAUCAGCAAAAAUAAUACCCAAGAUUUCUGACCAGCUGUUGGCUUUGCAACACACCCACUUUGGAGUACAGGGGGUUUGGCAUGAAGUAGAGCAGGGUGAGGCCCUCACACGGCAGGAAUGCCCAGCACAGCCCCUGCCACUCUUCAGCCACUUGAAAAAAACAAACCUGCAUCACUCAGGGUUUAGAUCUGAUUGUCCAACCUCCUUCCAUCCCCACAGCAGGAGGGACUGUGGCAGGAGGAGCUGCACCAGGGCCCCAUGUCCCCAGUUCAGUACAGCCUGGCCCUGUGCCAGGAAGCUGCCAGUGCUCCCCCCUGUCCCCCACGCAAGAACGAGCUGCUAAGGAGCACCCAGCACCCACUACCAGCUGUGAAGCUGAACAGAACUUUUACCUCUGGCUCUGGAGUCUGUUGUGGUACCAUCUUCCUCACCACUGUCGUGCUUGCAGGGUGAAGUGCUCUGAACAUGAGGGCACUGGUCCCAUCUGCUGGCAGGGCCUGGGCCCACGGACACACUUUUCCAGGCUGGUGUGUGUCAUGCUCCAGCGCAGCUCUGCGGUUCCUUGUUGGAGCCUCUCGCUUGGGGGGGAUACUGGUGCCAUGUCUAUAGCUGUUACCACACCACAUGAAAGCCCCUCAGGUUUGCCCUGCUGUGCCAAGCCCCUCCUGCCCCCUCCCCCUGCAGCCCCCUCCUCCACGCCCUGUCCCACAUUCCGGGCCUGUGCCAGGCUGUGCCACCUCUGCCACAGCUGCCCACCGUGCCAGGGGCCUGGGGCAAACGGCGGGUGGUAGCUGGGGCUUGCAAAAAGUCCAAUGACCAGCACACUGAAAAAACAAAACACUUUAAUUAGACAACUGCAAGCACCUCAAACAACCGGUUAUUGGUACAGCAUGGGGCUAUCUUCUCACAAUCUAAUUAUUGCGAAGGCAUGUGAAUAAACUUCAUAUGGACAAAGUCAAGAAAAAAGUGGCACCAAAGUUACAUGAAGGUCAGAAGAAAGCUUACAUUCGUCCCACUGACUCCGAAACGAGGCCCCCACACGCCUCCGCCCUGUACAUUCUACGAUCUGUAUUGCCUGUCAGCUUCAGCCUGUGCAGCUUGUUACUCUUUCCCUAGGAAACACGGACCCGUUGUGUGCAGUCGUCCUUACGGCUGCUCGCGGGAGAGAACGGAGCUAGUGCAAUUUUCUUAGAAACAGGUAAAGCUAUGAAUGGGAUGAGCAUGAUCUCGCCUCUUGGACUCGUUUGCCCACUGCACUGUACCUAUCUGCUGCUACAUCCUUCCUUGACUGAUGCCAAGCACAUGUUUUGAUUAGAAGAGAUCAGUAAUUCUACACAGAGAGUGGUUCUCAUGCUCGACUUUUAAUUGUUGCUUUUUUUUCCUUAAGGUAUAGUACAACUUACAGUGCUUGUAAAAAGGCAACACCAUAUGGUACCAUGUCUUCACUAUCACAUUGUAAGGGAAAUUGCUAUUUUUCUUUUCUUAAAAGCACUUAAAAUAGGCAAAAAGUUCUAAAAGGGAGUGCUAAAUGAGAAUGCAUACUUUAUUAGAAAGAAGCCUACCCUUCCUUUAAAGUGCCGUUUGGGGAACGGAAUCCUGUAAACCAGAGCCACUGGGGUUAAAAUCCAACGAACGGGAACUGCACAGUUCCUACCAGCAGUUUGAAGUCCACCACAUGCACCUGCUUUUUGCUCGAAAGCUCACUCAAACUUCAUUGCUUUACUCUGGAACCCCCAGUCCCGUAUCGAAAUGGCAAUAAACAUUUACAGGGAGCAUUUACAUACACUAUAAUACAAGGAUGAUGUCUCUUUGCCAGAAGAUAAAAUUGUACAAUUCCUCGUCCUGCCUCGGUCCUGACUCGAUAAAUUUCUUACGCUCGUAAAUUAUUUCAUAUGCAUCAGCUAAAAUACUUUUUUUUUUUCAUAAAUAGUUACAAAACUUGCCAAAACACAUGGGGGGAAGUUUCCUUUGUUCAAAACCUGACAUCUGAAUGCCACACAACACAAGAAACAAUGCUUAAAGACACGUUAAGUGUUUUCUGAAGAAAGUGGGUGAGUAAACUACCAGCUGAAGACAAGAAGACUACCCUUCCCCAAGAACACAGUGCACAAAAAGCAAAAUGUCAAACAGUACCUCAAGCAAAAUAAAGGUCUGAGGAUUGAAGCCAGCUCACGUGUGAUCCUGCUAAAGAGUGAGUGACAGUCACCACUUAGGUCCGAUGCGUGGGAACGUGGCUGCUGGCUUUUGUUUUUGUUUUUUUACAGCGGGGAGAUUCUGCUAAGAGUUCAGCCACGGAUGCCUAAGGCAUUCUCCAGCUGAAGCGCGCUUCUCUGGGACCAUUUCUAGCAUGGGGAUCAGGAAAUCCGUAAACUGUGCAGCAUCUUCAUGAGGCCAACCAUACUUCUCCACGAGCACGUCAAAAAGGCUCCACGGUUUCAGCUUGGUAAUGUGUCGGAGCUCUCCUGCAAACACAAACAGUCCUGGCAUUAGACAAACGCUGCGGGAGCCGCUAAGCCCUGCUCCGCUUUUCUCCCGCUCUGCGUUCACAGCACCUCCAGCCUGAGGAUCACGAUUUAGCGAGGGCAGCACACCACGAGUUUGCUUUAGGUCCUCAAUGCAGAUGAGCAUCCAACGCCAAAACCAAGGCGCCAGCCACUCCUACAGCACGGGGUCCGCACCGCGCAGACUCCGCCGCACGCCGCCGGUCCCGCCGGCUGUCUGCGCUGCCCCCGCCGCGGGCCAGGCAUCAGCCAAGGUCUCGGCAGCACGGGUCCCUGUCCCGGGACGCGGCCUUUGCUGACGGCGCGGCGGAGCAGCGGCUCGUGGCCAAGCAGGCGGGCACCAAAGCCGGGCACGGGGAGAUGCGGCUGCAGCUCUCGGCAGCCGGGCGGAGCCGCAGCGGCUGGCGGCCGCGCCGGCACCACGCUCCGCACGGCGAGGAGCGAAGGGAGGCGGCCAGAGCCCUGCUGCUGUUCCUCACAGCGCUGCGGCCCCGCUCCAACAUGGGGCACUCGGCACAACGGGAACAAAGAGGUCUCUGGCUGUUCCGUCCCUCCCCAGCUGCCUCCUCCCUUCUGCCCAGGCCAGACCUGCACCAGCCAGGCUCCCUGGCACCCUACAGCAACCACUUCAGGGACUCCUGCAGUCACUGCUGCGGCUCUUGAGCUGCUGAGGAGGGUGAUGGGAGGCUGACGGUGCCUCGGCCACAGCUGCACCAACACACACUGCACCAGGCACACAAGCCACCCUACGUUUAAGCAAAGUGGUUUGGCAACUCAGGUGUUGUCCCCGGCUGUAAACUGCUGACCAUAAAAUGCCAUCAGACAUGGGCUCAUGGGACUGAGCUUCUAUACACGACCCUAGCUACAGAAGUUCGAGGGCAGAAGAAACCUGUGUCUUUAGCCUGCCCAGAGAGCCUGAGCAGCUGAAGGCUGCUGCCAAAGCACCUCGGGCUCCACAAGACACACUGCUGCUGGUGCCUUGGGCUGUGGCAGGAGGCUCCAGGGAAGUGCAACACUUGUGAAAGGGGCUCUCCAGGCACUAUCAUAAAGACGCCAAAAGAGCAAGUGUGCAAAGGGCUGGUCCCUUGCGAGAGAAAGAGACGAGACCUGCUUGCAGUACAGAGCAGAGCUGUGCUGCCCACAACUGCCUGUGCAGGGAAGAAGGAGCUGUGUCCUGCCUGGCUGGGCACAGCAGCACCCGCCCAACAAAGGCCACCCACAGGCUCUGCUCUGGGGCCAUGCUAUUCCACCAUGCCAGGGUACAGGAGGGACAGCAGUUCUUGGAGAAGUGUUGUCAGGCGCUCAGCCCUUUAAAAUCUUUGUGCAACUCUUGGAAUUUAACUGGUAAAGUUUUUGAAGGUUUCCAAAAUCAUGUAGCAGUAACUACUCACAAGAACAGAUAGCAAUUAAGAACACAUGAACACAAAUACUGCCAAAAAGUGGUGGCAAUAGAGACUUGGUAUUGGCUGCAGGCACAAAAUGGCUAAAAAAACAAAUUACAUGAGGCUACAGCUCCUCCAGCUCAGAGCCUACUGCAGGGACUGCCAGAAUCAUUUGCCAAACUGGCUUUGGGGAGGGUGUGUGUUUCCAUGCAGCAGUGGCUUCAGCUUUUUAUCCAAAUGAUAAAGUUUUCGGCAUCUUUCCUCCCUCAGGCUGUAUAAAGUAAGAUGGCAAGAUGAGGCUCCUGGUGUCAGUGGGGAAGGUGAGUUUAGACAAUGCUUAUUUUGUGAAAUGGAGGCUAAACUUGAAAUGUCCAAGCUCAGACCCACACACCCUGCACAGCACAACAAACCGUUUUAGCACUAUGGGCUACAGUUUUCCACAAGAAAUUGCAUGACGACUGUAAAAACAUUGAAGAAGAUGGGAUACAGUAAUCACCUGUGUGCGGGCCAAGAAUUGAACCAGGGCUUGGGUUUUCAACAAGGAUCAAGACACUGACCAUAGAAUCAAACCAGGCUAAGUGAAGGGCAAUUAACACAACUGAGGAAAAAGGAAAAACUCAAAGUGUUUGUUCUGCUGAGGUGAGUCCAUCCCAUUUCCAUCCUGAGGUGCUGGAGAGCAGCACAGGAAAUGGAGGUGUCUGUCUGGCAGCUCAUAUUCUCAUCUGGUUCCUGAGGUUUGGAUGGAAUCACAGAACUGUUUAGGCUGGAAAGCCCUUUAAGACCAUCGAGCCCAACCAUUAACCCAGCACUGACAAGGCCACCACUAACCCAUGUCCCCAAGCACCACAUCCACAGGUAGCUGAAGGACAGCAAGGCAGUACCUAUAUCAAAGGGACAAACGGAGAGCAGGGGCCCAUCGGUCUGACACCGUCAGUAUUCGGGGCAGUAAUACAAAUACUCAAAGAAAGGCUGAAAAAGUCAUAGAAAGUGAGAUUUUUGAGAUUUUUGAUAGUGAAACAACACAGGAAAUACCCAGAGAGGACAUGGGAGAUGCCAGAACUAUAAAACCCCUGCGGCCAAUGUGGAGGCAGCAGCAGACCUUCUGAAAAAUGGAAGGUGAAGUUGGAAGGAAAUGACUAAAGCAAUUUCUGAAGCACCUGUGGGGAGGGGAAGAUGCUAUUUAAAGCGCUCUCUGCCGGCCAUUAACAGCGAAAAAAGAGCUAGUCUGAAAUUUGUCAAACUGCAGAUGCGUCACCAGGCAAGAGGAGGAUGGAUUGUUGAACAGUAAGGCCUGGGGAAGCAGCAGCGGAGUAUAAUCUGCUACUAUGUAUUUUGAGGACAUGCUCCUGAGAACUAAUGCAAGAACUGCUUGUGAGGCCCCACAGUACAGGAGAUGAAAGCGAGGGAGGUGGAGAAGAGCCUUUCCCUUCCAGCGUGGUAAACAAGCAGCACUGCCCUUCCUCGAUACAACUUCCAGUGGCAAAGCCAGUACCCAGCCAGCAUCUCACACAGGUUUAGCUCACGAGGAAACAGGGUCACAAACACCAGAAGAAAAGUAAAAGACACCAUGACCUAGAAAAAAAAUGAUCAGGUUUUCAGCUUAGUGCCAAAGUGUACCGGUACAGACAAAAUAGCUUCCAUGAAGGCACUGGAGGAAAGGACUCUGGAAUGGCUACUAGGCUCAGUCAAGACAAAAGCCUAUAAAAGUACAUGAGCACUUGUGUUAUAGUGACUAAAAAGUGACUUAGAAAUGCUUUUCCUUUUUUAAAUGCACCCUCCUAUUUGAAAGUCACAGACUGCUUCAGGUGGCUACUGCGGAGACUGGAUCCUGUGUAGUCUUUAAUUGACAACACCCUUCCUUUUGGGCCUGACACUUCACUGGAACGACUCAAAAGCUUCUCUCUGAGGCUGAACUUGCUUAUGGACAGAAGCAAUACACAAAUUGUGAUUACUUGCUUUUCAUCCAAGGUUGAUGUUUUCAAACCAGGAGCCUGCAGUGCGAUUUCUGAGCUCACCUUUACAGCACCAUGUGAAGUGUUUGGAGGAGCCUCAGGCCUGUACUACAUGGCCUUUUGUCUCCAGCACUCAGGCCACAAGCAGAGGAGCACAACAUGCAGGAGCUUGCUGGCCAGCCAUGAAGCCCACUGCUCCUUGCCAGCCCUGCCAACGCAAAUGUCUCUUGGGGCACCAGAGAGUCUGUUAGUACAGUGCUGGGGCAGCCAGGGAAAGGAUAGCUGGUGCCCAGGAGAACAAAAACAAACUCAAGUUUAAGUCAGCAGGAAACUCACCACCUCUGUUUUUCCUCCGUCAAAGCAUUUUGUUCACUGACUUGCAACAGCUGGUAUGAUCUGAAAACACAGCUUGAGCUACUGUUCCUUCAUCUUGCAUUUGAGACUCUUUUGAGCAGAACAGGUAGAAUCCAGUCUGCUUCAGCUUCCCCAGCAAACUUGUGGUUAUAUUUUGUGUGGUGAGUGAACCAAGUCUUCUGAAGUACUUAAAUCCUACCCAGAGCCAUGGCAGAUGGUACCUCUGAGGAACAUCAACUGGAGUUCAGGCCCAGAGGACAACAGUGACACUGGGCAGGAGAUAAUCUUCAUGGAAGCACUGAAACUCCACUUGAUGAGAAUGUUACAAACUGCCCUUUGCACCACAAACAGGGUGGCUAUUGUGUAACCAUCAUUUUAAGGAUCUGUGACAUAAAAAUGCCAACCCAUCUGAUGUAAAGUGAAAACAUGAGAUAUGGGAGGGGCUUUAAUUCAUUGGCUGUCCCUGACAGUGGGCCUAGGAUGGAGAGGGCCGGCAGAGGAGACUUUCUGCAGGCCCUGCCAGGGGGUGCUGGAGAUACCUCCCACCCAGCCCUUUCACUGCUUUAUGCAUUCACGUGAAAUGCAGCCGUGCAUCCAGUGCUGCAAUAAAGAAUACCUGCUUAAGAACAACUCCCUCA